UAAAUAGAAACUCAUCGUACGCUAGAGUAUAACCAGCAACGUUUCUCAGUGCUCAACGCUGAAUCACUGACCAGAAUCAUCCAAAUGUGGCAUUUGCUAAUCGAUAACAACUCGUAAUCGAAUGCUGCAACCUAUCGUCGUCGGUCGAACAUUCGCCUUUGUUUAGUACUGUAAGCUACAUAGUUCCAUAAUAUAGUGUGUUUUAUAAAUUUGACGUCGAAACCCCGAGACUUCAUAAGGAUGUUGUUCGAAGCUAUCAGUUGUGACCAGAUCAAAUAUAACUAUGAUAUGUUAACGUACGGCAUACUCAUGACUUUCGUUAUUUUGGUUAUUCUGUUGAUUAUCAUGAUAUGGAACAACGAAAAGUAUGAUGAGCGUAUCGAAGUUGGGUAUAUAUUUUGCACCGGACUAAUGACGUUCAUCCUGGUUGGGCUCUCAAUAUGGCGACAUGUCGUAUCACACCAACUAAGUUGGUCUUGCCUGCAGCCUUCGCAGUCAUUGCUGGAAGCGUUUUAUUCUAAAUAACUUUUCGAGAUCCUAAUACCGAGUCUCUUGUACGGCCAAAAAACUGCUCUUGACGCUUUGAAGCAUCUUUUUUUGUU